ACGCAAAGCAUCCAUUUCUCUCUUAACUUCAAACCAAACACCUUUUUCGAUGGCACCCAAGGCAGAGAAGAAACCGGCGGAGAAGAAGCCGGCCGCCGAGAAAGCUCCUGCGGAGAAGAAGCCGAGAGCCGAGAAGAAACUCCCGAAGGAUGCGUCGGCAACCGAUAAGAAGAAGAAGAGGAACAAGAAGUCGGUGGAGACUUACAAGAUCUACAUCUUCAAGGUUUUGAAGCAGGUUCAUCCUGACAUUGGAAUCUCAAGCAAAGCUAUGGGGAUUAUGAACUCGUUUAUCAACGAUAUCUUCGAGAAGUUGGCUCAGGAGUCUUCGAGGCUUGCUCGGUACAACAAGAAGCCGACGAUUACUUCCAGGGAGAUUCAGACCGCCGUGAGACUUGUACUUCCCGGUGAAUUGGCGAAA